UAAAAAUUAAUGUUCAUAAUAUUUACUGUUGAUUAAGGAUGAUAUGUUUUUUUGUGUAUGCCCUGUCUUUACAAAUGCUGUAUGAAGCUGUGAUCAUGAAUAACACAACAGAAGUAACACAGGUGAUGCCGUUUCGGGAACCUGUGAAAGCUUUGCUGUCCAUGCUGCCGUGUCUCCUUUUCCUGUAUGUAAACGCGGUCAUGCUGUUCGCCUUGUUGAGGAAGCCCUUCUUACUGGAGUCCUCUCGCUACAUCCUGUUCGGUCAUUUACUCAUCAUCGACACUCUCCAACUUCUAGUGACUAUGUUGCUUUACCUCUUUGCUGAGACCAUGGUCAGAAUGAUCAGCUACGUUUGUGUAACUGUCAUUCUACUUUCAGUCGUCACUUACACAAUUUCACCCAUUAACCUGGCUGUGAUGUCUUUGGAGAGGUAUGUUGCUAUUUGUUUUCCACUGAGGCACACGGACAUUACCACCAACAGGACGACGGGCAUAGCCAUCACAGUUAUGUGGAUAUUGGCCUCUUUGGACUCACUCACCCAGUUUUUCCUGUUUAUCAGUCUGGAGAACACAGGUUUCAUUCUGCAAAGUUUCUGCGCUAGAAACAAUGUCUUCCGUCUAAAGAUUUAUUCAACUGUAUAUAACGCCUUCACCGCUAUAAAUUUUGUGUUGGUGAGUCUGAUUAUCAUCUAUACAUAUAUUGCUAUCAUGAUUGUUGUAAAGUCAGCCUCGGCUAAUGUUCAUGAAGCCAUGAAGGCCUGCAAGACAGUGUUAUUGCAUCUGUUUCAGUUGUGCCUUUGUCUCAUCUCGACUCUGUUUCAUAUGAUAUCCCCCAAUAAGAUGACGACCAUAAAUACUGCAAUGGCUGUUACUACUCGGUAUGUCCUCUUUGUAAGUCUUAUUGUCUUUCCUAAGUGUUUGAGCCCACUCAUAUACGGCCUCAGAGAUGACACCCUCAGAUAUAUCUUCAGAUACUAUUUCACCUUUGGUUUCAAAGUCACUAUUAAGCCAUCUCCAAAGUCUUGA